AUGGCAGCUCACCAUAUAGCACUAGAGGCUUUUACAUAUGUGUCAUUAAAAAGUUUCUCGGCGGGCCUCGACGCCGGGGUCGACGGCCGGCCGACCGCCGACAACGCGUCCGACGACGCGUGCUGCGACUGGCCCGGGGUGACAUGCGACGAGUCAGCAGCGGAGGGCGCGGCGGGGGUCAUCGCCGUCGUCGGGCUGGCGCUACCCAACCGGACGCUGCGGGGGCAGGUGUCCGCGUCGCUCGCCGGCCUCGCCGCGCUCCGGGUGCUCAACCUCUCGGGCAACGCGCUCCACGGCACGCUGCCCGCGGCGCUGCUCCGGAUCGUACCCUCGAGGUGCUGGACGUCAGCACCAACGCGCUCGCCGGCGCCCUGCGCGCGCAACCUGACGGCGUACGACGUGUCGGGCAACGGCUUCGCGGGCGCCGUCGACGCCGCCGCGCUGUGCGCCGCGUCUCCGGCGGUGCGCGUCCUGCGGCUCUCCAUGAACAGGCUCUCCGGCGCGUUCCCUGCCGGGUUUGGGCAAUGCCGGUCGCUCGUCGAGCUCUCCCUCGACGGGAACGACAUCGACGGCGUUCUUCCGGACGAUCUCUUCGGCGUCACGUCGCUGCAGUUCCUCAGCCUCCACACCAACUCAAUCUCCGGCAGCCUGUCGCCACUCCUGCACAACCUCAGCAGCCUCGUCCGCCUCGACUUCUCCUUCAAGGCCUUGUCCGACACGUUGGCGCGAGGCAACGGGGCAGUAAAGACGGGACCAACGUGGUGGCGGCCGGAUGCCGAGGCGGAGGCCGGAUGCCGGGGCGGAGGCGGAGGCGGUGGCCGGAUGCUGUGGCGGCGGCGGCUGGGAGGCGACAGGAGCGGAAGAAAAAGCCUCGCGGCGUCGCGACUCGCGAGGGGAAGCCGACUCGCGAGCGCAUGGAAACCCUCCCGACCUCUUUGCUCGCUGCGAUCCUCGGGCUCCUCCGAUUGGGUGCUAGAAGCGCUCAUGCGCGCGGCGUUUGGUGCCGCUCUGCCUGCUCCGGUGCCGGACCCUAUGGACGAGCCGGUUCGGGAGCCACAUCAAAGGAGCCCUUAA